CCCAGAAUCUGAUUCCCAGAGAGCACAUCGAUGGAGCCCACACGGGAAUGAAUCACUCGAGUGAAGAAGUGGCCAUAAAAGAAUCGUGCUCUCAAGUAGUCUCAACUCUCAAGCCACAGCUCGCACGCUAAUCCCUUCCUUUUCACACUCUGCCGCCCAUUUCACACUCUGCACCUCGCUUGCCUGCCUCAGACCAGUGGAUACCGCUUUCGUCGUCGUCAUCUCGACGCACGACGCUCCUCGACCAGUCUCCAUGGACUACUACAGGCAGCAGCCCUACUGCAUCAUGACCCUGAGGAUGAGCAUCGACUGCAACGGGUGCUACCAGCGGAUCAGGAGGGCGCUCCUCCAGAUGGAAGGGCUGGAGAGCCACCUGAUCGACAAGAAGCACGGCCGGGUCGUCGUGUGCGGCGCCGCCUUCAGCCCGCAGGACGUGGCCAUCAAGAUCAGGAAGCGGACCAACCGCCGCGUCGAGAUCCUCGACGUCAGCGAGGCCUCGCCGGCAGCACCAGAAGGCGGCCCCGGCCACAUGCCCUCCUGAAGGAGUCACGCCGCCGACACGUGCUCUGUAGCGGCGGAAGAAGCCUGCUUGCUAUUCCCCUAAACGAAACGAAAGCAUGUGCCUGGCAUGUUUUGCCUGCUUGUAACUUUUGGAAUCCUUGCACCAUUUUGUUCUGUAACUGUAAAGGAUUGUUGAAGUAGCCAGAAAAUUCCAAGACCGUGUUCUAAAAGACCAUUUUGCUCUC